CAUUUGUCAGAUAAACAAACCACCACACUGGCAAAAAUGCUCUUUUUCACAAGUAAAAUUUUCGCUGUUCAUCUUCCUCUGCUCUCCGACUAUUAAUAAAAAAUGUUCUGCUCCUAAAAAAACCUGCAAGUUCGUUCCUUUACGCAGUAGUCUUAAAAAAAAAAAAAAAGGCCAAUUCCAAAUUGUUCUUUCCAUACUCUCUUACAUCCCCUGUUUCCCUCUCCAUGCUUGUUGUCUUUGACUUGAUCCGCCCUCUAUGAUUGCCGCCGCGAAAUUCCCGUUUCGACCCACUGUUUUGCUCCCCAAACCCACCUCGAACCGCCCGUUGUGUGGCGGAGUGGCCGGUUUCUGUCUAGGGUUUGGGCCGGAACAGGGCGCCGAACAGAGUAAGCCGUUCUCGUUGGGUCGGAAGAUUGAGGUGAUGGAAGUAAUUAGGAAGUUGAGCAAAGGGUGCUUUGUGGAUCACAGGAAGAAAGGGAAGAAAGGGUUGAAGUUGGAGAUCGAGUCUGUGAGUGGCGGUGAAGAAGUUUUUGAUGCCGCCUCAACGGAGGCGAAGGUGGGGCCAGAGCAUCUCGUCGUCAUGGUUAAUGGGAUUGGUGGGAGUGCUGCAGAUUGGAGAUAUGCUGCUGAGCAGUUUGUGAAGAAGCUUCCUGAUAAAGUUAUUGUUCACUGCAGUGAGUGCAAUUCUUCAAAACUGACUUUUGAUGGGGUAGACCUGAUGGGGGAGAGGCUAGCCGGAGAGGUGUUAGAUGUUGUCAAACGUUGGCCAGAGAUGCGAAAGAUCUCUUUUGUGGCUCACUCCUUAGGUGGCCUUGUGGCCAGGUAUGCUAUUGGCAGGCUAUACGAACUUUUCCCCAUUGUUGAAACAACGGGUCUUUCUGGAAACUUCUCAAGUAAGGAGCAGUUAAAUGAUCCAAUACAAGACCCCACACAUUGUUUUGAAGCUAGAGUUGCUGGAUUGGAACCUGUUAAUUUUAUAACAUUUGCAACACCACAUCUUGGUUCAAGGGGUCAUAAACAGAGUUCUAUAAGGUGUGGUGCUCUGAAAGGAGCCUUUUGUCCUGUACCAGGUUUGGUGUUUUGGUCUACUCUCCAGCAGCAGUUCUCGUUUAAAGGGCAGGUGUUAGGAGCUUUGAGUGACAUGAAGGCAGAUAAGGCUCUAGGAUAUGGUUUCUAUUUCGCUUUGUUCCAUCAUUGCUUGGUUGGCCAGAGAAGUUGUGGGUACCAUCUCCCAUUUCUUUGUGGUGUUCCAUUUCUGGAAAGAAGAGCCCCCCAAACUGCACACUUGAUUGUUGGAAGGUCUGGGAAGCAUCUUUUUCUCACUGACCAUGAUGAAGGGAAACCACCCCUUCUCCUUCGAAUGGUUAACGACUCAGAUGACCUGAAAUUUAUGUCAGCUUUAAGCUCUUUUAAGCGUCGGGUAGCAUAUGCAAAUGCUAAUUAUGAUUAUGUCGUUGGGUGGAGAACAUCAUCAAUCCGCCGUCAACAUGAACUUCCAGAGUCUAAUCUUCUGGUAAAGGACAAGAAAUACCCACAUAUCGUGUAUGUUGAAAGAGAAACUACUGAAAAAUUUCCGAAUGUAGCAUCUUCCAUGACUGGGAAGCAAAAGAUUGAUUUAGAAGAGGAGAUGAUUAGAGGCCUCACUCAAGUACCUUGGCAGCGUGUUGACAUUAGCUUUCAUGAAAGUAAACAACGAUAUAUUGCACACAGCACCAUUCAGGUUAAGAGCUAUUGGUUGAAUUCUGAUGGUGCCGACGUGGUUUUCCACAUGAUAGAUAACUUCCUGCUGUAACCAUCUGCAAAUUGGUGACCUGUGGUUGGUAAUUAGUGAAUCAGCUAGUUAGCUUGCCCUUUGUAGCUUGUGCAACAACAUCUCAAGCCUUUAUCCCACCAUGUCGGUUCUACUACAUGAAUUCUAGCUUGUUCCUUGUACAUUUUGUAUAUUUUCACACAUGAAGAUCUUUCACUGUAUAUUACAUGUCAAUCUUGAGUUUGGAGACAAUGACCUUUUCAACUCAAAUUGUUUCCCAAUUUAUUAUAUAAUUAUUAUUUUGAAACCUUUGUUCUUUUAGUAUAGAUCUUCAGGCUGCAAUCUUUUUUUGUCUCUACUUAGUAAUUGAUUUUGUGAAUAUUAUCUCUAUACUCAAUGACAAGUAUUAAAUGUUUGUAUUUGAGAUUCUUUUGCUGAUAAGUAGUUAAUGGACUUCUAAUCUUAACUUUAAAACUAGUUUGGGAAGAUUUAAAUGUGUAAUUAUUCCUGUAUGAACAUGUAUCAGAAAUUUCACAAGCUGUGGUUAAUGGUAAAUGCACUAGAUCCACUUGUAUUAUCCUAUUGUCUUUUAUCUGAUCACAUUUCAGAUUUUGUGGGUCGUACUUCAUUUGCCUCUGAACCAUUACAGUAGUCACUCACAGAUGACUUCGUUGCCAUAUCUAACAACUCAAACUGUGUUGAAUAAUCCACGGAAGUAUGGAAUGAUAUACAAAUCACGGAAGUAUGGAAUGAGCUUUCUAAAAUCAGCCCUGAUACUAUCCUCCAUAUUUAGAAAGCUGUUCAGUUUUAGAGAUUUCCAAAUUUGGGGUUGGUAUCUUUUGUUUCCUUGUACAGUGUAUAGAUUAUGUUUCCAUUUGUUUGUAGUUUCCUAAAAGCUGUAGUUUCCUAAUCUAUAGUUUCCUAAAGUUGUAGUCCUCUUCCCUAUUAAUAAGGAAUGUAAUCCUGUGCAUAUUGAUAUGAGAAUGCAGAGAUUUUUUCCACUGUUCUUCUAUUUUUCUACAUGGUAUCAGAGUGUUUUAUGAUUGUCUGUUGUUUUCCUGUCAGCAUUCAUUACUGACCUCUUCCUACUGUUUCUUGUUUGCCUUCAUCACCAUCACCUUGCUGAUUUGGCCUUCAUUGCCAUUCUUGGGCUCUUUCUCAAUCAGUUUCCAUUGCCAAUAAUUGACCUUGCUUUCUGUGUCGUUGCCAUUUUUCUUUCGGCCUGCCCAGCACCUUUCUUCCCUAUUCUUCCUGAACAGCCAUGCUUUCUAAUCAUGGCAUGGAGGGAUCGGCUAUGGUGACUAAUAAGGUGCAGGGGACAUGGAUGAAGCCUCUACAAGGCAGAGAGCAAUCCUCAUCAAAGCAGGCAAAGGAGGGGCUUUGGUGCUCAUCCUGCAAAAAGCCUGGACAUACAAGAGAUACCAUGCUUCAAAUUGCAUGGUAAAGAGACAGUACUAAACAAACUUGGAGGUUUCAAGAACUUGCAGCCAAAGAAUCAGGGAAGAGCCUAUCUCUCCGCUAAAGAAACAAAGGAGAAAACUGGAAAGGCUGACUCUACAGCCUUCUCAGACCUAGGAGAACUAAAUGCAUAAGAGAUUGGGAAGCUGAAAUCUUUCCUUAAAACUCUCCAAGGUGAAUGUUCCUUAACUCAAGCAGGUAUGUGCCUUAAUUUUGAGCUUUCACUUGCCUCAUAUAUAGCUAGGGAUGAACUAUGGAUUUUAGAUUCUGGAGCAACUGACCACAUGUCACCUAAUCUGAAAUUUUUUGAAACCUAUGAACCAAUAACCGGCUCCAGAAAAAUCACUAUUGCUAAUGGCCAAUCUAUUCCUAUAGUUGGGCAAGGAAAUGUUUGUUUGGACGCAUCUCUACUUGCCCAACAUGUCCUGCAUGUAUCGAGCCUUUCCACCAAUCUACUUUCUAUUGACAAGCUUACCCAAAUCCUUAAUUGCAAUGUGAAUUUCUCACCUCAUGGCUGUGUGUUUCAAGAUCUAACAACAGAGAAGAUGAUUGGUGUUGUUAAGGCAUUGAAUGGGUUGUACUACCUACAAAGAAGCAGAGGGCUAUCUGCAAGAGACCAUUCCAACCUUACUCACUCCUCUAUGCUCUCCUCUACUCACUCCGAUGUAUAGCUUCAGCAUUUUAGAUUAGGCCACCCACCUUUUACUUUU